AUGAAGUUCUCAGAAAGUAAAGCCGCUGAGGUGAAGACUUGGGUGGUGCGAAAACUGGAAGACAUAUCUGAUGCCGAUGCCGAUGUACUUGCAGACUAUGUGCUUGCGCUUAUCAGAGCCGACGCUCCAGAUGAAGAAAUCCGGAAAGCGUCUGUGGAGGGUUUGGAAGAUUUCCUCAGAGAGCACACGGUGCCAUUUGUCGACGAGCUUUUCGCUACUUUUGCGCCGAAACAAACCGCUCCUUCCGCAAGCUCGCAUCCGUUGAGCCAACCGCAGAUUUCCAAUGACAUCAAUGCGCCCGAACCAAGCUCUCAGCAACAAGCCCCCUUUAACCCCCCAUCUGGCCCUUCGAGGGGGCCUUACGGGGCUCCUAUGAGCAACACUCCUCAGUCACAGACGGACUCGUCAAGCUAUGGACGCAAGCGUAGCUUCCAUGAAGGGCUCCAGGCAGAUCAAGAGCGCGAAGAGGCUCCACAUAACAGGAACUUCAAGACACCGCGACGUGGCCGGGGUGGUGGAAGAGGAGAUUGGAUGGGACGCGAUAGCCGUGCAGCCCCCGGCCAAUACGCCCCGCCACCUGCGGGUGGAUUUCCUGCGAUGCCCCCGACCUUUCCGUCGUUUGAUCAGAAUGACCCGAUGGCGGCGAUGAUGGCCCUCCAGAGUAUGGGGUUUCCACAGAUGCCCGGCAUGCCUCCUAUGCCCAUGCCGGUUCCUGGUGGCGGCGCUGGCCAGCCACAGGAUCCAAUGGCGCCAAAGAGCUCAGAACGGUGUCCCUUUUGGGAUACACAAGGCAUAUGCUAUUUGGGCGCUGCCUGUCCAUAUCAACAUGAUACGCCUGGUAUUCCGAAGGAAGAUGAAUAUGACCCGAAAUCGUCUAAUAUUGUGACAGACUUCCAGAGACGGAACACUAACACUCCGCCUCGUGGCAGCGACAGAGGCCGCGGCCGCGGCCGUGGUGGGGACAGGGGUGGAUUUGGAGGACGAGGACGUCGAUCCGAGUACUCUGCGGCUGGUCCUAAUGAAGAUACUUCUAUCACAACCAUUGUUGUUGAGCAAAUCCCGGAUGACAAACUUGAUGAUGCAUCAGUGAGGGAGUUCUUCUCUCAGUACGGCGACAUCGUUGAGCUUUCUCUACAGCCUCACAAGAAGCUUGCAUUGAUCACAUAUGAUAGCCACGCAUCUGCCAAGCGCGCAUGGUCUAGCCCCAAGGUGAUUUUCGAUAACCGAUUCGUCAAGGUUUACUGGCAUAAGGCGAAGGCAGAUAAGAAUAGUGAUCAUCGACAAGCGGCCAGCGAGGUUGAGCCGUUCAACCAGGAGGAGUUCGAGAGGCAGCAAGAAGCAGCGCAAAAGGCCUACGAGGAGAAGAUGCAGAAGCGCAGGGAGACAGAGGAAGCCAAACAAGCACUGGAGAAGCAGCGCGAGGAACUCUUGAAGAAACAGCAGGAAGAGAAGGAAAGACUGAUGCAAAAGCUUGGCGGGAACGAUGUCAGCAAUGGUGCUGCAUCCUCAGAUGGGGAGAGCGGCCCCUCACCCCAAGAGAAUGUUAGCGACCAAACGAAGCAGUUGCGCGCACAAUUGGCAGCUCUCGAAGCCGAAGCCAAGACGCUUGGAAUUGAUCCCAACGGCGCUGAUUCUGGUGGGCCCUCAUAUCGCGGCCGUGGCCGUGGAUACCUGGGACGAGGCGGCUAUGCGCCCCGCGGCCGUGGAUACGAUCCCAAUUAUCGUGGAGGAUAUCGCGGUCGUGGAGGAAUGGCCCGUGGCCGGGGAGGUGUACUUCGUCUCGAUAAUCGACCCAGGAGAGUUGCCGUCUCGGGCGUUGAGUUGAACUCUGAGAAGGACGAAGCAUUGAGGCAGUUCCUCAUCGGCGUUGGUGAAUAUGAGUCCAUUCAACCUAAUCCAGAGCAAUCGGAUUCUGUGAUAGUCGCAUUCAAAGAGCGGUACCUUGCAGAAAAGUUUAUGUACGGAUCAUGGCAGAUACCAUCCGUCGGCGAAGUGCAGCUCACUUGGGUACCCAACCCUCCAAUCAGUGUGGCGCCCACGACACCGGGUUCUGGAUUGGAUACCAAAACCGGCUCCGAUGAGGAUACUGUGAUGGAGCCCACGAGUACACCCCUCGCUCCUGAUCCAUCAGCCGGACGGAGAGACGGAAAUCAUGAAGUUGAUUACGACGUGGCAGAGGAGGACGAUAGUUGGGGGGUGCAGUAGACAUGGCACUUUCUUUCUCUG